AUGUGGAUGCUGGUACCCGUGUCAUUCACUCUCAGGCUGCUGAGCGCCUUCGUGCAGCACCUGGGCUCCCUGUGGAGCAGCCUGGGGACCCUGUUCCCCCGGCUCAGGGCAGCAUUCUGGCUGGCGGGGGGCAAGAAGAGCCAGCAGCAGCGGGGCAGGAGAAAACCAAGGAAGCCCAGCAGGGAAGACAAAGAGGACCGCGAUCUGCCCAUCACCCCCACCAGCGUUAAUUAUCACUUCACCCGCCAGUGCAAUUACAAGUGUGGCUUCUGCUUCCACACGGCCAAAACGUCCUUCGUGCUGCCGCUGGCGGAGGCCAAGAGAGGCUUGCUGCUGCUGAAGGAAGCGGGUAUGGAAAAGAUCAACUUCUCCGGCGGAGAGCCAUUCCUCCACGACCGGGGCAGAUACCUUGGCCAGCUGGUGAAGUUCUGCAAACAGGAGCUGCAACUGCCCAGCGUGAGCGUAGUGAGCAACGGGAGCCUGAUCCAGGAGAGGUGGUUCCAGAACUACGGGGAAUAUUUGGACAUUCUCGCCAUCUCCUGUGACAGCUUUGAUGAGCAGGUCAAUGUCCUUAUUGGCCGUGGUCAAGGAAACAAGAACCACGUGGAAAAUCUCCAAAAACUGAGGACGUGGUGCAAAGAUUACAGAGUGGCCUUCAAGAUAAAUUCUGUCAUCAAUCGAUUCAAUGUGGAUGAGGACAUGAAGGAACAGAUUAAAGCCCUGAACCCCAUCCGCUGGAAGGUCUUCCAAUGCCUCAUAAUUGAAGGUGAGAAUUCUGGAGAAGAUGCUCUGAGAGAAGCAGAACCAUUCGUGAUAAGUGAUGAAGAGUUUGAAGCGUUCUUGGACCGCCACAAAGACGUGCCCUGCCUGGUGCCCGAGUCUAACCAGAAGAUGAGAGAUUCCUACCUUAUUCUGGAUGAAUAUAUGCGCUUCGUGAACUGCAGAAACGGGCGGAAGGAUCCUUCCACGUCCAUCCUGGAUGUUGGCGUAGAAGAAGCUAUAAAAUUCAGCGGCUUUGAUGAAAAGAUGUUUCUCAAGCGAGGAGGGAAAUAUGUAUGGAGCAAGGCGGACCUGAAGCUGGACUGGUAAAGCUGAAGGCUGAACAACCUUCAGCCCAUCUGUGGGGACCGCCC